AUGAUGAAGGCUAUUUUCACUUCCCUCAGUCUUGUUGCGGCCGCAUCUGCGCGCACCAUCACUGUCUACAACGCUUGUCCAUUCACUAUCUGGCCAGCGCUUUUCACGUCGGCCGGAGGCCGUCCCUCUCAACCCACGGGAUGGUCCGCCGGAUCGUUCACCAAGGUCACCUUCUCGGUCCCCGAUCAAUGGAAUGGUCGUAUCUGGGGUCGUCGCAACUGUAACUUCUCCUCCAACCCUGGACCCAACUCUUGCCUCGAUGGUGGCUGCAACGGUGGUCUUCUUUGCGACCCCAACACCGGCACCGGCGUUCCUCCCGCUAGUCUUGCCGAGUUCAACCUCAACGCUGGUGGUGUUGAUUACUACGACGUCUCGCUCGUGGACGGUUACAAUCUGCCCAUGCGUAUUGACAAUACCGCCGGCUGCCCCGUUGGCUCUUGCGGUGUCGACCUUGGCCCUAAUUGUCCAUCCGAGUUGAAGGGCCCCUUUGAUUCCACUGGUUUCCCUGUUGGGUGCAAGUCUGCUUGUCUUGUUGAUGCACAGAACGGCCGUGCUGGCGACUCGCCCAAUUGCUGCAGCGGCAGUCACAACACCCCUGCCACUUGCCCAAGCUCCGGCGUUAGCCACUACGACUACUUCCACAACAACUGCCCCACCGCUUAUGCAUACGCCUACGACGACAAGAACGCUCUCUUCACUUGCCCCGCAUCCAAAGCCGCCACCUACACUGUUACCUUCUGUCCUUGA